UAACUUCCUCUUAGUCACGGAGAGUGGGAGGGCGAUAAACCGGGAUGGAGGAAAAAAGAGAGAGAAAGCGAAAAAGGAGGAGUCAGUGAUAAACUGGAGGUGCCGAGCCGGGCUGCGCCCCUACGCCGGAAGAACAGACGGGCAGGAAGCUGCAGGGUGGGCAUGAUGUGGGGGCAGCCUCUGCCCGGCGGUAACGAGUAGGCUGCAGGCGUGAUGCCAGCGCUUCUCCCCCUUAUAUAACGCUGUGGACCCCCGCCGCCCGCCUCUGUAGUGAACACCCUGUUAUUAGCCGCAGGUUUAGGUGGCGAUGGCUCCUCAGUGCUGAGGGCACUCUCUACACCAUGUCGGGCUCCAGUACACCCAAGUCCUUGCCGUCUUCUGGCCAGAAGUCCCUGCAUGACAUCAAGCACCCUCUGAGCUGCUCCCCGGGGGCUGAAGACGAAACCGUCUGCGAUGGGCUGGUGGUCAGUGACACCCCUAGCCCAGACCUGAUCCAUACUGAGCCCAGCAGUAUAGGUGACAAGGACCUCAGUUUGCCAAAUGGUACCCCUGCGGACACAUCAAGCCCAGCUUCUUCAUCCUCACUUCUUAACAGGCUGCAGCUAGAUGAUGACUUGGAUGGAGAGACAAGGGACCUAUUUGUUACAGUUGAUGACCCAAAGAAACACGUGUGCACUAUGGAAACUUACAUAACCUACCGGGUUAUGACCAAGACAACAAGAUCAGAAUUCGACCUCCCUGAGUAUUCUAUACGUCGAAGGUACCAGGAUUUUGAUUGGUUACGAAUUAAACUUGAAGAAACCCAGCCCACUCACUUCAUUCCCCCUCUUCCAGAGAAAUUUGUUGUUAAAGGUGUGGUAGAUCGAUUUUCGGAAGAGUUUGUGGAAACCAGGAGAAGGGCUUUGGACAAGUUUCUCAAGAGGAUUGCAGACCAUCCAGUACUUUCCUUUAAUGAACAUUUCAAUAUUUUUCUUACUGCUAAGGAUCUAAACCACCACAAAAAGCAGGGUACCACUUUGCUUUCCAAGAUGGGGGAAUCUGUGCGAUAUGUAACAAGUGGUUACAAACUGAGAAAUCGACCAUUGGAAUUUUCUGCAAUUACAGAGUACUUGGACACAUUUGCACUUAAACUUGGCACCAUUGACAGGAUAGCACAACGCAUUAUCAAGGAGGAAGUAGAAUAUCUGGUGGAGCUUCGAGAGUAUGGUCCAGUCUAUUCUACUUGGAGUGCUCUAGAAGGAGAGUUGCAUGAGCCCCUGGAGGGAGUGUCUGCCUGUGUUGGAAACUGCAGUACAGCACUGGAGGAGCUGACAGAAGAUAUCACAGAGGACUUCCUGCCAGUUCUGAGAGAGUAUAUCCUCUACUCUGAAUCUAUGAAGAAUGUACUGAAGAAAAGAGACCAAGUGCAAGCAGAAUAUGAAGCCAAGUUGGAAGUUGCAGCUCUGAAAAGAGAAGAGAAAACAGGAGUGCCAACUGAGGUUGAGAAGUGCCAGGACAAGGUAGAAUGCUUUAAUGCAGAUUUGAAGGCAGAUAUGGAGAGGUGGCAAAAUAACAAGAGACAAGAUUUUCGCCAGCUACUCAUGGGUAUGGCCGACAAGAACAUCCAGUACUAUGAGAAGUGCCUUACAGCAUGGGAGUCCAUUAUACCACUGCUGCAAGACAAACCAGAGCCCAAGUGAAGGAGCUGAAAGAAACUAAAGACUGUCUUGCACUAAGCUUGAGUCUACUAACUCUCACACUGCUCAGAUCUGUGAUGUGUGACUAACAAGCUGAAGAUAUUCACUUAAAUUUAUGUUACAAUGCAAAAACACCAACCUUUUUUCUAUUUCUACAAUUAUUGUGUAUACAGAGAUCUCUCAUGGAAUAAUUCCACAGCACCUGUUUCAACUGAGCCCAGUAAAGUCCUGUACCCACCUUUGGAAAAGUGUGCCCACUACUUAUUUCUGAAGGAGCUUUCAUUUUCGUAACACUAAGCAAAAACGAAAUUUACCGCUAAGAAUGUGCAAUUAAAAUGUCGCCGUAAGGCUGGAAUCACACAUGCAGUUUGUGAGCCAAAGCAGAAGUGGAUCCAAAAAGAAGAAAUAUUUGUUUCUCCCCCUUAUGUGUCAACUCCUGGCUUUGGCUCUAAAAACUGCUACAAAAACAGAAAUAGUGACUGCAGCGUUACACUUUUUUUCAGCGUGUUUCUAGAAAAUUGGUUUGUUUCUAUACAGUAUCCAUUUUUUUUAUACAUGCCUUUAAGAACUGUUAGUACUGAAAGUUUGUGUACAGUCCAAAUUUCUUUUCUUCCUAAUUGUUCGCAUGAGCUGUAUUGGUGGCAUGAAGUAGUUCCUCUUCAAUGUUUAUUUCCCCAGAGAUCGAUACUAUACAAACUGCUAAUUGUUGUAUCUCUGCACUUGGAGCCAGGUUACAGAGGGAAAAUUACGUUUACACUGGGGCCUUAACUGAAGUGCAUCAAAGGGAACAACGCAUUGGGACUUUUUUGUUCAUGUUUUUGAAGUCUGUGCAAAAAAAAAAAAAAUGUUUAUGACUUUUUUAAAAUAAUAAAAUAUAUUUGAAAGCUA